AUGGCAGCCACGAGAAACCUCUUAUUAUUGCACUUGGGACGACCCAGCUGCAACUGCUCCUCCUCGUCGUCGUCGUCGUCGUCGUCAUCUUCAUUAUCGCUGUCAAGAGCAGUGUUCACAUUCCACUUCAAUUUCAAUCCUACCUUCCCAGGUCUCGCUCGAUGUAACACUGCUAAGUCUUUUAAUUCCGCUCGCAGCAUCGCCCAUGAGAAGAAUAAGAAGGAGAAGAAGUGCCGUAAGAAGAGAGACGACUCGAAUAAGAAUAAGAAGCGAAAUGAUUCGAGAUGGUCUGCCGCUGCGGAGUCGUUGGUGAAGAGGAGGACCCGUUCGGACAGGGUAUUCGUGUGGGAGCAUGUCCAGCGCUACGGCAACAGCUGCACUCACAUCCCCGUCAUGCUGGGAGAGGUCUUAGAGGUGUUUGCUCCCCGGCCCCAUCGACCACCCCUGCGCUCCUUUGUCGACUGUACUGUUGGAGCUGCAGGACACUCUUCUGCGAUAAUUCAGGCCAAUUCAGAAUUGCAGCUAUAUAUUGGAUUGGAUGUUGACCCCCUGGCACAUGAAAAGGCUCACUCUCAGAUCCAUGCUCUCUUGAAUGAGGAUUGCAGCUUAGCUUCAAACUUGAAUGUUUACACCUUUUUAAAAAAUUUCAAAGAUAUCAAAUCUGUUCUCUUUGACGUUGAUGAGAAUUUCUUGAUCCAUGGAGUUGAUGGUAUCUUAAUGGACUUGGGAAUGUCAUCUAUGCAGGUGAACAAUGCCGAAAGAGGGUUCAGUGUUCUCAGUGAUGGGCCUCUUGAUAUGCGGAUGAAUCCUCAGGUAAGUUUGAAAGCAGAAGACAUCUUGAAUUUUUGGCCAGAGGCUGAAGUUGGACGAAUUUUACUGGAGUAUGGGGAGGAAAGCAAUUGGCAGCGUCUUCAGACUAAAAUUGUUAAUGCGCGUUUAGAUGGAGGAUUGCAUUCCACUGGCGAACUAGUAGACCUAAUUCAGAAAACCUUCCCUGUAUCUGGAGGGAGGAACGGCUGGAUAAAGACAGCAACCAGGGUGUUCCAAGCUUUGAGGAUUGCAGUUAACAAUGAACUCCAAACAUUAGAGGAUGCCCUUUAUGCCUGUUUUGACUGCCUUUCCUCCGGGGGUAGACUUGUUGUAAUAUCUUUCCAUAGCUUGGAGGACAGGAUUGUGAAAGAAACAUUUCUUGACAUCAUUGACAAUAAGGGUGAAGGGAUAGAUGGAAAUACAAGGAAGGGAAAGGAUGACAAUGUUGGAGAAACAUGGAUUAAACAGAAAAUAGAAGGCAGGAAAGGCACCAUUCUUACAAAGAGACCAAUAACACCUUCUGAAGAGGAAGAAAGGUUGAAUCGUAGGUGUAGGAGUGCGAAGCUCAGAGUAGUUCAGAAGGUUUGAGGCCUGAAUAUUGCGUUUCAACCUCACUGGAAGGCACUUGAUAUGAUUCAUUUCCUCAGGUGGUUCUGUAGUUAUCAGUCUACCACUCCCGAGUUUGAGGCAUGAUGGACCUUGGAAUGGAUGUGUGUUUGGCUGGGUAAGCUCCAACGUUGUUAUUAUUGUAGUAUUGUGUUAUUACCAAGAUUAUUAUUUACUUUGUCUCCCUAUUUCGCAUAAUCUAACAUCCUCUUGAUUCCUAAAUUAUUAUGCACAUAUUUAUAUUUAAAAA